AUGGCUGCCUUCCAAGAUAACGCUGUCACGGCGUUGACUUCAACAAGCUCGUCAUCGCUAACAUUUGCAUUACAGGCUUUACUCCAUCGCCAUGAAUCAUAUAUGGCCGAGGCUGAAGAAGACCGUCAUCGGUUCCUCGCCAGUAUUGAGAACCUGGAACGCGAGAAACGUGAGGUGCAGGUCGAAAAUGCCCGCAUCAUCGAAGAGAAUCGCGAGUUGUUGGAACAGCUGGACAUUCUGAACAAAGCAGUCGCUGAUGCAGAUUCUCAUGCCAAGUCCCUUGAAGUUAGACUAGAGAAUUCCGAAGCUGAGCUUCGCAAGGUGACGGUGUCGGCUGCCCGUGCAGCUGACCUCGACGCCCAAUUGGUUCAGAUGGAGAAUGAACAAUCCAGGCUCCAUGAGAGCUUGGAGUCAGCUGAAGAAGAAUCAAAAUCGGCGGUCCAGCGAUGGAAGAAGGCAGAGAGUACUUUAAGGGAUCUCCAUGAUCAAAUCGACCGCAUUGAGAAGGAGGCACGGCAGGAACGCGAGCGCCAUGCCGAAGCAGUCCAGCGCAUGGAGCAGAAACGGACCGUUGAACGGCAGCUAGAUGGCGCUGCUAGACGGCUAAAGGGAGCCGCGGCGACUAAUGAGUCGGGCAGGAGCCACGGGGGAACCGUGGUGUCCCGCUUCGUCCGGGACAUAUUACAGGAUAAUGCCAAUUUGCAAUUGGGAAUCGUUGAAUUACGGGAAUUGCUAGAGAGUUCGAACCAAGAGGUGCAGUGCCUGCGGGAUCAGAUUAUUUCCCACCAAUUAGUCCCAAUGACAGAAGGUGACGGGCAAGUGCCGCAACUUGCACAGACAUUGAGUCAGGAACUUGAGUCCAAGGAACCGCGCCAGGCACCACAAGAGUUCCACAUUCACCACCAUUAUCAUACGCCGUCUAUCAAAAAGGAGAGGCCCACGCUCUUCCGGCGUUCUAAGAACAGACAUACCUGGGGGCACCCGAAUACUGUGCACUCUCCUUCUGGUACGAAAUUAGCUCGCAAACCAACGCACCGGUCUCAGUCUUCUCAUUCUUCUGCAUUCACAAUGAUGUCUCAGCCCUCCCUACAAAUUCCCUCGGCUUCUCAACGCUGGUCCUCGCAGUCGCCCGGGGCUGAGUCCAUAGCGAGCUCACCGCAGUCCGGAUAUCGGUCGUCAUCUAUAUUUGAUAGAGUAGAGCGUGGGUUUGAUUCCUCGCGAGCCACGAGCCCCGACAGCACUGCCUUUUCGCCAUUAAGGGUUAGUCGACGAAAAAGCAGCUGUUAUGAUGCUAGUUUUCGAUCUCCUGAAACGGAUGUUUCGGUCGAUCCUUUGGAUGAUGGUGUUUUCAACAAGGGCCUUGGGGAUGCGUUCCAGCCUGUCAUACCGGAGGAACGGGAAGACUCCUUGCAUUACGCCGCUUCUGAGAGGGCCUUUUCUCCUGCGCCUGAUGAUGUCUUUGCCCCUCCUUAUCGCUCAAGGCGUAAGCAAUCGCAUGAGAGCUUGUUCUCUGUUGCAGGCAUGGACAUCCAUACUCCCAGUCGACGUCCAUCGCGGAUGGAGGACAUCUCGAGGCCCUUAUCUGCUCGCGUACCGCGCCGUAUCUUCUCUAGUAACGAUCGGUUCUCCAACCCAGUUCUCUCAACGAGCACAGUCACCGCCAAUAGAGAGCCUUCAAAAAUUGACCAGUCUUCACAAACGCUACUUGCUUCAAUGGCUACUGGUAAACAAUCCGAGACAGGAUCAGCAAUAGGUGUCCACUUGGACCCCACUGGGACACCUACUCGAAAAGUUUCCCUCACCCGCCGCGUAGGUGGAUGGAUGCGAGAGCAUUUGGGAAAUGCAUCCACAGCGGCUAUUGGUGACACGAAACCUCACGAAGAGCAACCAAUACCGUCGACGUCGCUGGUAUCGCCCGAUACGACGCCUCCAUCCACUGCGAAUAGAAAGCCAAACCCCAAGGCUGACAAAACCCCGAGCCUGCGAUUUCGAUACCCUGGCGUGAACCAGAAAGGCCCAGUCAUGGGUUUUCGGCCAACCUCCCGAGCCCCUUUUGCUGUUCACGCGGAGGCUAUCGAUGAGAGCCUGUUGAAGGAAACUUUGGCGGAGUGA